AUGGCCACCUGCACUUUACCAGACGAAUAUUUUGAAGAAUUCAAAGCUUUAAAAAAAGAAAGAUCACCAAAAAACACUGCCAUGGUUUUUAUGAUCGAUAAAAGUAAACAUGAAUUCAAAAUUGAAGAAACAUUUGUUGAUAUUUCAUUAGAGAAAUUACAAGAAGAACUUUCAAAUACAUCACCAAGAUAUAUUGUUUAUGUUUAUAAACACACUCAUCCAGAUGGUCGUCAAUCAUUCCCAAUGGUAUUCAUUUAUUUCAUGCCAAAAGGUAUUUCACCAGCUGUAGCUAUGACCUAUUCAGCAAAUAAAGAAAUUUUAGUUAACAAAUUAGAAAUUAUGAAAUCAUUCAAUGCUGAAACUGUUGAAACUUUAACUGAACCAUGGUUAAAAGAAAAAUUAGCUUUCUUCAAAUAG